CUCAGUUUCCCGCAACCCGCUAUACACGAAUCAUGGUUAAGUGUAGUGCCACGUUUGUUGGAUGUUUUGUAUCAAGUUUUGUUUUUUUCUGCAUUUUAUUAUGUGAAACUGGGGCCCAAUCGACUGUACCAUGGUACGAAAAUCUUCCAGCUGUAGCCAUGGACUAUAAGGUCCAUAUAGAUCCAGGAAAAGAAGACUGUUAUUUCCAAUAUGUUAACCCCGGUGCCACUUUUUACGUGAGUUUUCAGGUGGUACGUGGAGGGGAUGGAAUGGCAGGCUUUGCGGUGCGACAUCCUUCGGGGCAAAUUGUACAUCCGUACCAAUGGAAACCCAACAGCGAGUACCAAGAUCAAACUUCCACAGGGGGCUAUUAUUCUGUCUGCAUAGACAAUCAGUUUUCGAGGUUUGCUGGCAAACUUGUUAAUAUUUAUAUCACGGUCGUCAGGUACGACAUGUGGGAGAAAUAUACGAAAGAAAUUGACGAGCUUAACAUGAACAUGGAAAAUUUUACGAACACAAUUGUGACCGUGGACCGCAACAUUAACGAUAUCUUACAGUACCAACAUCAUUCAAGGGCGCGUGAAGCGUGGGAUUUCAAUCUAUUGCAAGACAACAACACUUAUGUUGUCCGCUGGUCUAUUAUUCAAAUAAUCGUUAUUAUGGCGACUACAGCUGUGCAAGUUUAUUUUGUCCGGAAGUUGUUCGAUAUCAAAACGGGAAGUAGUAGAUCGCGGAUUUAGUUUGGUUGUACGUAAUUUGUUAUUUAUUUUUUUAUACAAGGCUGUAUUGUGCUAAACUAGUAGUUUAGGCCAAAAUAAACGACAAUUAUUAUUAAAAAUAGAUUAAUCAAUUUAUUUUGUAUUCCUUUAUUUAUAUACAAUUUGUUCAUAUUAAUAUCAGAUACACAAUUUAAUAAAAACAUUUGAUAUCACUA